CGGGGCCAUUUUAUUCAGAAGCAAAGUUUGCCAUAGAACAUCACGAUGAAGACACUGCUGUUGGUAUGCGGCAUCUUUUUAGCUGGAGCUUUUGGCUGCGAAGCGUCGAGCAUCGGGGAUCGCAGCGAGGGAAACCCGCAGAGGCUCCACACCCGAAUCUACAGCCGCCUGGGCGGACGCGGCGAAUACGCUGACAUAUACGACUAUAUUCCUGACCUCUUCGGCAGCGGUUUCAACGACGACAUCGAGAGCGUCUUACAAACUGGCAUGUGGAUGUACUAUGAGAACAACAAUUACAACGUUGAGUACAGCGGCCGCGUGUACUUUGUGCACGGAAUAGAUUUGCGAGUCGAUUUUCCCAGCGCCUUCAGAAAUGCGGCAAGCUCUAUAAGGUAUGCUGGUGAUAGACACAACCCAAACGGGAACACGUGGACGCUGUUUGACGGAGAAUACUUCAGCGGGCAGGAGUUCUUUGGGGUGACGGAUGCUUACUCUUUGCAGUACCUUGACCUGAAAGCUUCCUCUCUGGUAAUCACAGGAUCCAGCCCUUGGACUAUAUAUUCCGGCCAAGGUUACAGCGGAGACAGCCUCUGUGUCUACCCUACUGACCACGACACUGGAUCUGUUGGAGAUUACCUGGACUUCGGCAUCUACCCAACAAUGUCAGCCGUCGGUAUCCCUGACAACACAAUCCGCUCACUUCGACAGGGAUGUUGGUCUAAGAAAAUCGCUCAGCCUCCGAAGAUCGAAUACGAACAGAGGAGUGAGAACGGCGGAUGGGGUUUCGCAGACCUUCCAAAGUAAGGACUGAAAAAAUCGUCGGAUUCCCAACAAUAAUUCCAAGAUUAUAUCUUAGAUCUUCUAUGUUAGGGUUCAGUCUGGUUUUGGAUGAAAUGACCCUAUGUUUAUGCAUGUAAAUUACUUUUUCUUAGAAUGUUUUUUUUUUUUUUACAAGUCACUCCUGUCCUGAGCAUCUCUGAUACUGA